AUGACGCAGAAACAUGCGGGCCUAUCCCCCGUCGCCGUCGAGACCGUUGCGGGGCUCUCCGCCGGCUCCGUAGCCACGCUCGUCGUCCACCCCCUCGACAUCGUCAAGACGCGGAUGCACAUCCACCAGACCAACGCAGCCAACCUCCAUCGGCAGCCCCCGACCACGGUCUCGCUGAUCCGCGCCCUGGCGCAGACACCGCGACCGGUAGCGUCCCUGUACCGCGGCCUGACCCCCAGCAUCCUCGGCAACGCGUCCAGCUGGGCCUCCUUUUUCUUCUUCAAGGCCAGCGCUGAGCGCGCUAUCCUCGGCUUCAAGGCCGCCGCCUCCUCCUCCCGCGACGCGCCCGCGACAGCGCCGUCGCUCGGGCCGCGGGACUAUUUCGUCGCUUCCGGCGUCGCCGGCCUCGUCACCCAGGCCCUCACCAACCCCAUCUGGGUCAUGAAGACGCGCAUGCUGUCGUCUGACCAGGGCGCCGCCGGCGCGUACCCCAGCAUGUGGGCCGGCGCCGCCCACCUGCUGCGGCACGAGGGCUGGCGUGGCUUCUACCGCGGCCUCGGCAUCAGCCUCCUCGGCGUCUCCCACGGCGCCGUGCAGUUUGCUGUCUACGACCCCCUCAAGAGCUUCUACCUCUCGCGUUCGGCCACUCGCGUCGCCGGCAGCGGCGACAGGCCGGGGCAAUUGGCUCGAGGACGAGAAGCAUCGUCGGCGCGCCGCCAGCAGAGGUUGAGCAACGAGGCGACUCUCGUCAUCUCGAGCGUCUCUAAACUCGUCGCCGGCGCUGUCACGUAUCCCUACCAGGUCAUCCGCAGCCGACUCCAGAAUUACGAUGCUGACGCGCGGUUUGGCCGAGGCAUCCGCGGCGUAGCGAGGAGGAUAUUACAGGAAGAGGGCUGGCGCGGCUUCUACCGCGGGAUAAUCCCCGGUGUCUUAAGAGUGUUGCCGGCAACAUGGGUCACGUUCCUGGUAUACGAAAACAUGAGAUUUCACCUCCCUCAAUGGACAAGCUAG